UAUUUUCUCGUCUUCAUCUCUUCAUAUAUACGAUAGGUGGCACAGUGGUCUCCUCAAAAGUGUUCUGGUUUAAACAAGUGUUCGAGACUAUUUCGGACUGUUUGAUAUUUUUUGUUUGUACGCACAUGCGCAGUUUCCAAACGUUUUGGGAUGUUAGUUAACUUAACAUCCGAAACUGUCGAUUUUGGGAUGUUAGAACCAGAACAAACCUGUAGUAGUUUGUGUUGUGUACUGUUUAGUGAUUGAAGUAGAAUACUUACUAUUUAUUUAAUUACUAGCACAAAUAUAUCAUAUUACUAAGAAAAAGAUUCUGUAGUGUACUCAAACUCCGAAUAAAAUUGCACUGAAUUUUGUUGCCGAAUUUUGCACCGAAUAAAAUUGCACAUUUCAUUUGUCAAAUGAAAUACGGUGAACCAGGUAAUAAAUGCUAAACGUUUACGUUUGUUGAUAAAUAGGAAUGGAAGAAAACGUAGCACAGGAAAACAAACCAAGUUUAGAGGAGGAAAUAGAUAAACUCUCACAUGAAGAUAUCUUGGAAAUAAGUCAGAGUAGCUUAAGAAGAUUAAUCACUGCCGAUCCCUUGCUAAGCGAUUUACCUGUGGAUGUCACUCUUGAAGAAGUACUGGCUCAAAUAGCUGUGGCACAGGGACAAUCCAUUACAGUAAUAGUCACAAGAUAUUCAGAAUCAUCCUUACAUGUUGUAAUUCCACACAAAGGCACCACAGUACUAGACCUCAAAAAAGCCAUUACACGAACCUUCACUUUGAAACAACAACGACAGAGAAUAAAAACUAAAAUCAGUUGGAAAUAUGUGUGGGGAACAUUUAACCUUCAAAAUGUACAGAACGGUCUUGUUAUGAGAAAUGACAAAAAAGAAGUCUCUGAAUAUGGAAUUGCCAAUAAAUCUGAAAUCAGGUUUGUGAAAAGGUUAAGGAAAGAAUCUUCACGCCCUGAGACAUGCUGACUAAGAAUGUUUAAUAUAUAUUUUAAAAUAAAAUUUGGAUCACUGAUAGCACUACUUAUCAUACCAACGGCAAUUCCCGAAGGAGGAAAAUAUCAAUAUCCAUGGCUUGAACAGAUUUCUAGGCAAGAACAACUAAUGCUUGGUUGUGAUAAUAUAUCCAAAAUGUCUAGAAGUUUCAACACUAGUAGUUUAGAUCAUAUUCUGGUUGAUCAUAAACAUAAGCUAUUAUAUUGUUAUGUUCCCAAGGUAGCUUGUACUAACUGGAAAAGGGUGUUGAUGGUUUUGACAGGUGAAUCCAAUGCAACAAACCUUAUUGAUAUUCCAGCUUCACUAGCUCACUCAGAAAAUUCAUCACUGAAAUUAUCACAACUAGAUUUACCUCAAGCUCAGUCUUGUUUAAAAGAUUACACUAUUUUCCUGGUAGCAAGGCAUCCUUUUGAACGACUGCUCUCUGCAUAUAGAAAUAAAUUUAUGGAUAGUUUGCCAAGUUCUAAAUACUUCCAGUCAAGGUACGGACGACACAUCAUAAGAAAAUAUAGGCCCCAUGCAACUAUAUCAGAUAUCAAAUCUGGAGCUAACGUAACAUUUCGAGAAUUUGUGCUUUAUCUUCUGAAGGAGGGUGCUUUUUCUAACGAGCAUUGGACACCUAUCUAUAACCUCUGUCUACCAUGUUCUCUGAACUAUACAUUUAUUGGACACUAUGAAACCAUUUCAGAGGACGCAAAAACUAUUUUGAAUAUGGUAGGAGCGCCUCCAAUUACCUUUCCUGUUACUAGGUAUGGGCACACCAAAGAGAGGCUCAAAUAUUAUUUCCAGCAACUGUCAAUUCAUGACAUUAAAGCUUUAUAUAAACUUUAUGAACCUGAUUUUAAAUUGUUUGGAUACGGGUUAGAAGAUUUAUUAGGUUAUGAUUUAGCUUAAGUGAGAUAUUUUAGCAUUAUUGGGCAUUACUAUCUCUAGAAAUACUUCAUUGUUUAAAGCUCUGAAUUUCAGAUGCUUUUGAUCAUUAUAUUUAGUAUUAAAAUAACCCACAGUAAAGUUUGUUUGACAAUUCAUAUCUGGGCGAGAAUAUAAAGAUGAUAAUAACAUGGA